GCGUGAUUCAACCAUCCCCCCCCCCUUAACACCCUCACGCCUUCCUCCCCCUCCGCUGGGAUGGAAGAAGCGUGGUGACUUAUGUCAGCGUUGCAAAACAUCUCAGUCGAAGCUUCUCGCUUUUAAAAAGCAAAGCCCAGUCAGGGAACUUGGCAGCCCGGGAGGGGAGGUCAAUUCGAAUUAAAUUCCAGAGCGCCAUUGAUAUUCCGCCGUCGUUUCUGGGGGUGGGGGAGUUUAUAAGGGCCAAGCCUCCUUCUUAAAAUCUCGGAUUUUUUUCGAUCCGAUGCGUUUUGGACUCUCGGAGUUGGUUCUCGCGUCCUCUGUCUCUCGUUGCCCGUCCUUUUUGGGGGAGUCGGAGGAAGACCGAAAGAAGACUCCUGGGACCCAAGGGCUGUGCCUCUGGACCUCAUGGCCACCUCGGAUCCCUCCUCCUCCAACACCGCUCAGGAUCCCAACCCAACUAAUUUACGACCCACAACCUAUGACACCUGGUGUGGUGUAGCUCAUGGCUGCACGAAGAAAAUCGGGCUCAAGAUAUGCGGCUUCCUGCAGAGGAACAACAGCUUGGAAGACAAGAGCCGGCUGGUGAGCGCGCUCAAGGAAAGGCAGAGCACCCGCAACCUGCUGGCUUGCGAGAACAGCGAGAAGGAAGGCCGCUUCCAGAAGACGGAGACCGACUUCUCCAACCUCUACGCCCGGGAUUUACUGCCAGCCAAGAAUGGUGAGGAGCAAACACUUCAGUUCCUUCUGGAAGUGGUGGAAAUUCUCCUGACCUAUGUGAAGAAGACUUUUGAUAGGUCCACCAAGGUGCUGGAUUUCCAUCACCCUCAUCAGCUCCUGGAAGGCAUGGAAGGCUUCAACCUUGAACUCUCCGACAAUCCGGAAUCCCUUGAACAGAUUCUAGUGGACUGCAGAGACACUCUGAAAUAUGGAGUAAGGACAGGUCACCCUCGCUUUUUCAACCAGCUUUCCACGGGGCUCGAUAUUAUUGGCUUGGCUGGGGAAUGGCUGACCUCUACAGCUAAUACAAACAUGUGGUGCUAUAUCCAAUAUGUAUAGCAUCAUGGCUGCCCGCUAUAAAUAUUUCCCGGAAGUCAAAACCAAAGGCAUGGCUGCAGUGCCUAAACUGGUCCUUUUUACCUCAGAACAUAGUCACUAUUCAAUAAAGAAAGCUGGAGCUGCACUUGGAUUUGGUACUGAAAAUGUGAUUUUAAUAAAGUGCAAUGAAAGGGGCAAAAUAAUACCUGCUGAUCUAGAAGCCAAAAUCCUGGAUGCCAAACAAAAGGGAUACAUUCCCCUUUAUGUGACUGCAACUGCUGGUACAACUGUUUAUGGAGCCUUUGAUCCUAUUCCAGAGAUAGCAGACAUCUGUGAUAAGUAUAAUCUUUGGCUCCAUGUGGAUGCUGCCUGGGGAGGUGGGUUACUGAUGUCUAGAAAGCAUCGUCACAAGCUGAACGGUAUAGAAAGGUACAUACUUUAAAAUUCUGCAGGGGAAAAAAUGACUUUUUAUAAAUAUAUCAGCAUAAGCAUUCUCUUCUCCCAAUCUCCAACACGAAUGGAAGAGAGAUCCCAGAUGUUGUUGGACUUGAAUUACAACUCCCAGCCUCCCCCUCUCCUCCUCCAUCGCCCUCUCAGCCAUCUUGUCAGUGCUGGUUAGAAUUCAGCAACCUCUGUUUUGCAAAAAUCUACGGUAAUUAUGAAUAUUGUAUUCAGUAGCAUAUGUGAACCAUUAUUUUAAUGGGACAAAUGUACCUUAGGAAAAUGGGCUGCAAGAAUGUCUUCAACACUAGAUCAUAAUUAAAUUAAAAUUAUUUGGGGACCUACCUGGUGCUAGGUUGCUGCAGUACUAAGACCAAAAUGUUGACAAAUGAACAUAUUAUGACUACAUAUAAAGUGGCAGAACCUUGAAAUAGUUUUUUGGGGGGAAGCAAUAUCACAAGGAUGGAAAAUACAUUCAGGGCAGCUGUUGUUUUAGGAUUAAUUUUGCUAUUUAAGAGACAAUAAUGAUAAUCUGAUGGUGUAAUGAAUGCCAAUUAAUUACUGUCAAUUUUCGGCUGUUAAGCUGAUGCACUAAUUUAAUUCUUGAGAGAGCCCCCUUAUGGACACAAUUUUAAUAGCAGCGUGGCAAUUUUCUUUUCCUUAAAAUACCACCCGAUCAGAGUCACAUUUAGUCAUUAUACUAUUAAAAAAUGCUAAAGAGAGAUUCUUAAUGGGACGUGGUGGCUCUGUGGCUAAGACGCUGAGCUU